GUGAGGCCCGUAGACUUGUCUCUUCUUCAAUCCUCGGUCCUCACUACUCUCUUGAUUUCCUUUUCCAUCUCCCCUUACAAGCAGAGGCGUCACUACUCCAUAAUUCUUCCAAUCCACCAUGUACUCCUCAGAUGAUUACCGGAGGUUCAUGACCACUCCUCCGCCGGAGCCAGCUCCUCCAUCCUUCAAUGGAGCCGGGACAGCUACCGGUAUUCCGGUGAGCUCCCCAGAGCCAUCCUUCUCCGAGAAACCCUCCCAAGCUCCACUUCAGCCCAAGGUCAAGGCUCCUCGGGUCCCUUGGUCCUCCGGCCUCUGCGACUGCUUCUCCGAUCCCCGGAAUUGCUGCAUAACAUGCUGGUGUCCCUGCAUUACUUUUGGGCAAAUUGCUGAGAUCGUUGAUAAAGGAUCAUCCGCAUGUGGUGUAAAUGGAGCGCUGUAUACGCUAAUUGCAUGCGUGACUGGGUGUGCGUGCUGCUACUCCUGCUUCUACCGCGCUAAAAUGAGGCAGCAAUACCUGUUGAAGCCAAGCCCUUGUGGUGAUUGCCUCGUUCAUUGCUGCUGCGAGUACUGCUCCCUCUGUCAAGAGUACCGUGAGCUCAAGAACCGUGGAUUCGACAUGACUAUCGGAUGGCAUGGGAAUGUGGAGAGACAGAAUCGUGGAGUGGAGAUGAGCUCCAUGUCGUCCCAGACGGCUCCGACAAUGGAAGAAGGCAUGAGCCGCUAGUGUAUCUCCAUGUCAUGAUUCAUGUAUCUACUUAUGUUUGAAAUUGAGCUAAGGUCAUAUGAGAUAUUGGACAACAAUAAUAUCUUAGAAUUGUGCAUUGUGGGUAGUUAAGCUAUUAAAUGGCUUGAUAUUUAGAUGAGUUGCAGUGAUGCAGAUUGCAGACUGGCGUCGAGUAGAGACGGAGUGCAUUAUUAUUGUGAAUUUCUUAGCACAAAAAUUAAUGGAAGGCCCAGGUGCCACUUUUUUAACUUUUUUUUCUC